AUGAGAAAUGUAAGUAAGUCCCUUUGGGACAAGUGCAAAAACAACGUCAAGGAAAAAGAAACUUUUGUAUUCUGUCGCGAGUGCAAGCGCAAAUGGCACAAAGUCUGCGCAAUUCAUAUGGAUGAGAUCUGGCCCGAAGGUUUUAUUUGUCCUGGUUGUGAGCGCAUCUAUACUGUACGUCGUCGUGAUAAUCGCUUUACAGCACGCAAGCUGCCAACUUGUAAACUAAGCAAUUUUCUUGAGAAAAGAGCCAAUGACUUUUUACGGAAGAAGGAAUGUCAUACUGGUGAUGUUAUAAUCAGAGUACUCGCCAGUGCCGACAAAGUUGUUGAGGUAAAACCAGGCAUGAAAGCUCGCUAUUGUGAAACUGGCGAAAUGCCGGAGACAUUUCCAUAUCGUGUUAAGGCUAUUUUUGCCUUUCAAGAAAUUGAUGGACAAGAGGUCUGCUUUUUUGGUCUACAUGUGCAAGAAUAUGGCUCUGAUUGUCCACAACCAAAUACACGCCGCGUAUACAUUGCCUAUUUGGAUUCUGUCUAUUUUUUUCGGCCCAAACAGUAUCGUACUGAUAUUUAUCACGAAAUCCUUGUCGGCUAUAUUCAAUACGCCAAAAAGCUAGGCUAUUCAAUGGCACAUAUAUGGGCUUGUCCUCCUAGUGAAGGCGAUGAUUACAUAUUCCAUGCACAUCCUCCAGAUCAAAAAAUUCCUAAACCAAAAAGGCUUCAGGAAUGGUACCAAAAAAUGCUUAAGAAAGCUCUUUUCGAGAGAAUUGUUGUGGAUUACAAAGAUGUAUUUACUGAUGCUGUCGAGACAGGUCUACUUUCUCCAACGGAGCUGCCAUAUUUUGAAGGAGAUUAUUGGCCUAACACUUUGGAAGAAAUUUUGAAGGUAAUCUUACCUUCUUAA